GUUUCAUUAAUUAUUUCGAUGUCGUAAACUGUGUGUGUGGCGAGCGCUGCUCAUGUUAAAUCAAUUAAUUGCCAUUCGAUUUGGCUGAUGUGGCAAAUUUUUGCACGUCGUUGUCAAUCUUUUGGGUGCCGGUGCCCAUGAGAGACUUUUAUCUGUAUCUGUAACUGUAACUGUAUCUGUAUCUGUGGCUGUGGUUGUGACAGUCGAUGGCAACGGCAUGCUGGAAAUGGGUUUUAGUUUGGCCGUCAAGGCGAAAACCUGCUACAACAACAACAGCAACAGCGCAACGACAGCAACAACAACAACAAUCACAAUAACAACAUGAAGAACACAGUUUUGUAAGACUUGAGCCGCAAGGCAGAAAAGCCCACGUUCAGCGAAUAAUUGAAAAAUGUGAAGAAGGAAAACGGAUUAAUAAUAAAAGCAAAAAACAACUAGAGAGAUGCAACCAAGCAACCCAUAAUAUUUGCCCGAAUAUGGAAUUCAGCUCGAAUAAUAUCAGCCAUGUACCUUAUGAAAAGCACAUGCAAGGAUAAGCUAGUUAAGUACUUUGUGAGUACAUCGUAAUCCUCAUGUAAAAUUUUAAUUAACAGUAUUGAAAAUUCAAGCGAAACCUCUUAUUUAUAAAUAUUGCUUAGUGGUGCCAGCUCCGAUACUUUAUCAGCCUUUUACGAAUAUAACAGAUGCAACCUGCUUGUAAAUAUUUUUGUAAUAUAAACUUGAAGAAGUAAACUCUGAAAGUUGUCGAUAUAUAUAUAUACAUAUACAUAUAUAUUUAUUAUUUGUGCUAAGGAUUUACUUAUUGAGACUUACAUCUAAAGACCGAGGUUACACUUGUUUUUAAAAGCGCAAUAACAGUCUGCAAACCAACCAAAAGAAAAGGAUUCUGUUUGUGAUAUUUAAUUAAAUAAUUUACCUGUAAUAAAUUAGACUUUCUUAGACCCGAAUUGAUUUAGCUCAACAUCCGUCUUUCUGUGCCUGCCUACUCAGUAAAAUGUCGCUAAGCCUUGAAAUUUGAUGUGUAAUUAUAUUUCCCAUAAGUCGUUCAUUACCGGCAAAAUUGGCACUUCCCACACAAAAAUUACAUACUUAUGAGGAGAUUAGGUGUGGAAGCCUUUGGCAUUCCUCAAUAUAUAUAUAACAGUAGGUAUAUGUAGUCAGAUAUAUGCAUCUAAAGUUUUGUUUUGUUAUUGUAUUAUUAUUGAUGACUUUUUACUUUGUGCUACCAUCUUUGGGCACAUUAACGACGGGCUCGUUAAGUUUGAUUGGCGCUCGUGUCUUUUUGUUUUGACCAUUUCAAACGGAUGUCUGCAAUGUGGCCAAAAUGUUGUGAAUGCGUGUUGUCAUUAGUUGUCCGCCGGCGGCAUGUCAAAUGGCAAAUGAUUUGUGGAUUCGGCACUGGCUGCGACAAGUGAAGUUGACCGAGGAUGGCCAUAGAUACGGGUGUUGGAGUGGUAUCGUCUAGGGAGUACUAACAGCAAUUAGUUUUUACAUAACCUGGCCCAAUAAAUGCUGCCCCGGCGCAUCGUGAUCAAGGAAAGUUGUCACAAUCGAUACAACAAAAUCGUGUGCCUUAAACGCAUAGAAAGUAAAGUUUUGGGCCACUUAAUAAAAUGGAAUUCUACAUGAGGCAUUUGGGUCAGCCGAAAUCACGAUUAUCGAUUAUGCGGCUUUAGCUUAUAAAAGCUCUCCCACAUAUGGUUGGAUCAGUCAGUGAUUGCACAGAAUGUCGACCAAUUGGACGUACUUGCUAAUUGUCAGCUCUACUCUUCUGCUGCUUGAACGAGCCUUCGCGGAUGUGGCUCAUUUCUUUGCGGCACCCUCCGAAUUUGGCAGCUAUCUGCAGGGACAAACGCCCUUUCAGCUGGCCUUUGCGCCACCUGCUCUAUAUGGACCACCAGCUGGCAGUCCUGUGACACCCGCACCUGUGGCACCCGUAGCGCCUGCUACCACGGAGUUUAGUCUGCCAGAGAUCAUUGAGAACCGCAGCGUUAAGGGUUCAAGCCAGGGACAUGGCAAUUUUAUUCCCCUGAGCCAGCAUUACCUUCCACCCAGCAAUGAGGAGCGACCCAGCUAUGAAAUCCCUAAGCCAAGCCAUGAGUUCGAGGGCUACUAUUAUCCACAGCCCAGUGCCAGCAGCACCACGCGCAUUCCCUCGACAACAACAACAACGCCACGCCCCAUCAUUGUGCAGGAGCCCGGAGACGAUAAUGAUGUUGAGCCCUUGCCCUCACCUGGCUAUGAUUAUAAUGCGCCACCGCAGCGCCCCUCAACGCCAGCGCCCGUUUACCUGCCGCCAGCGGAGAACAGUCCGCAACAGCAACAGCUGCGCCUGCGCCUCAAGGAUAUGCGCUGCCUGCAGUCGGGCUACUUUCGUGCAGUGUUGAAACUGGACAGUUUUCUGGGUGCCUCGCCAGUGCUGGAUAACGACGACGAGGAAGGGCAAGACAAGCAUUGCGAGCUGAAGCUGUCGCGCAGUUUUCUGCUCUUGGACAUUGCGGGCGCAGACUUUGAGCGCUGCGGAGUGCGCACUUGUGGUCAGGAUUUGUGUCUACGUCUGCGUUUUCCGGCCAUACGCGGCCUCCGCACUGGCGGCGACUCCAUUCUGACGCUGCACUGCAAGACGCAGGAGCGGGUGGCGGUCAAGACACAUGCACUUAAAAUGGGCGUGGCUAACGAUGUGCAGGCGCGCAGUGUUGGCAGCUAUGCCCAUGGUGGCAAUCAGAAUGCCUUUCGCACCCACGUGGAGCUAUUGAGACGGGGCACCAAUGGCUAUACGCGACAACUGGAGAGCAAUGGCGCGGUACAGCUGGGCGAGGAGCUGUUACUGCGCGCACAUGUCCUGGCAGGCGAUGGCUGGAACUACACCAAGCUAAGUGACGUGCAGCUUCAACGCAUCUCAGCUGCUGGCGAGCUUUUGAAUAGCGCCCAGCUGAUCACCUCACGCGGCUGUCUCAAUCCCGCCAUGCAGACCAUCUGCGCGCAUGCGCCCAGCCCUGAGCUGCCGUUGGGCCAGCGACUGCAGUUUCGAGCCAUCAUGUUUCCGGGCAUGCACAGCGGUGAUGUGCUGGUCAUGUCCAUGCGCAUUACGGCCUGUCUGGAGCGCGAAGAUUGCCAGCUUACGGCGCAGGAUUGCCAACCAGGUGUAGCACAGAGACGACGACGGGAUACUCGGCUGGGUGCCCAUGGCAAUGGGACAGAGGCAUCGGAAUUGUCUCACAUCACCUUCAGGGUGAUUAUGUCGCACAUGGAGCAGCAGGAGCAGCCAGCAGUUGUCACCGAUUUGACCAAUGCGAAUGUGGCUGAAAGAACCAAGUCAUUGGCCUUGUUUGGCAGCGUGGGUUUUGUGGUCCUGCUGCUGGGUGUGGCCGUAAUGACGCUUUAUAAGAUGGGCAAAUAGCUCGCAUGAGAUAGGGAUGGAAGCAGGGGCAGUGCAGGUCAGAUAAGGGACUGUAGCUUUUUCUACUCCUAAAAGAAAACAUUGAGUUCUGUUUAUAUUAUAAUAGCAUUACUUAAAUAAAUUGAACAAGGCUUUUCUGGACAACUUCUGGAUUUGAAGUGGUUUACUAAAAGUGUUCACGUUUCGUA